AUGAACGCGAGCGCCUCCUCGCUGAACGAGUCCCAGGUGGUGGCAGUGACGGCCGAGGGAGCGGCGGCGGCGGCCACAGCGGCAGGGGCGCGGGACAGCGGUGAAUGGGGGCCCCCUGCGGCGGCGGCGCUGGGGGGCGGCGGCGCGGCUAACGUGUCCCUGGAGCUGUCUUCUCAGCUGCCGGCCGGGCCGCCAGGGCUGCUGCUGUCGGCGGUGAAUCCUUGGGACGUGCUCCUGUGCGUGUCGGGGACGGUGAUCGCAGGCGAAAACGCGCUGGUAGUGGCGCUAAUCGCGUCCACCCCCGCGCUGCGCACGCCCAUGUUCGUGCUGGUGGGCAGCCUGGCCACCGCCGACCUGCUGGCGGGCUGCGGCCUCAUCCUUCACUUCGUGUUCCAGUACGUGGUGCCCUCAGAGACGGUGAGCCUGCUCACGGUAGGCUUCCUCGUGGCCUCCUUCGCUGCCUCGGUCAGCAGCCUGCUGGCCAUCACAGUGGACCGCUACCUGUCUCUCUACAACGCGCUCACCUACUACUCGCGCCGGACCCUGCUGGGAGUGCACUUCCUGCUCGCCGCCACCUGGACGGUGUCCCUAGGCCUCGGGUUGCUGCCGGUGCUCGGCUGGAACUGCCUAGCAGAGCGCGCCACCUGCAGCGUGGUGCGCCCGCUGACACGCAGCCACGUGGCGCUGCUCUCCGCCGCGUUCUUUGCGGUCUUUGGCAUCAUGCUGCACCUGUACGUGCGCAUCUGCCAGGUGGUCUGGCGCCACGCACACCAGAUCGCGCUGCAGCAGCACUGCCUGGCGCCGCCCCACCUCGCAGCCACCAGAAAGGGUGUGGGUACCCUGGCUGUGGUGCUGGGCACUUUUGGCGCCAGUUGGCUGCCCUUCGCCAUCUACUGCGUGGUAGGCAGCCGCGAGGACCCGGCAGUCUAUACCUACGCCACCCUGCUGCCCGCCACCUACAACUCCAUGAUCAAUCCUAUCAUCUAUGCCUUCCGCAACCAGGAGAUUCAGCGUGCCCUGUGGCUCCUGUUCUGUGGCUGUUUCCAGUCCAAAGUGCCCUUCCGUUCUAGGUCCCCCAGUGAGGUCUGA